AUGGCCGCAGCUGCGUCGACUCCUCAAGCCAUACUCACGCCCACGGGUGGAGUUGUAGGUCGACCGGUAUAUCUCGAGAACGAGAUCGAGUUCCUCGAAAGAGAAACCGAGUUGAUGGAAUCGUCGGCGCCGACAUCACCUCCCACAAACUCGCGACCCGAGGUUGACCUCGCCUUUCUGCGCCUGUACAGGGCGUUUGAUCUCCCCACCCGGGCCAUCAGAGAAAGCCUCGUGAGCAGCUUCACCGUAUAUUGCAGUCCGUGGAUGCCUGUGAUCGAGGUGGAGGAGCUCAAAAGCAUUGGCCUGGGAGCCUGCAAGGUCCAGACCCGGCACAGCAACCAGGGAGAAAAUACUGUGUCCCUCCUGCUCACCCAGGCGCUCUUCGUGGCGGGGAGCCGCGUGCAAUCAUCGCGCUUCUCGUUCAACAGCUGUAGCGAGUUCUACAACCGAGCCAAAGCGCUGUAUUUCGCCGAACACGAACUUAACCCACUCACCGUCAUCCGCGCCCUGUGUCUGCUCCAGUGGUACAACCCGAAUGGGCCCGAGUUUGUCUCCAUCCAUUCCAGUGUCUCCUGGCUGCGGCUGGCUGUCGGACUAGCCUUCCAGAUAGGUCUGCAUCGAGAGCCGGAUCCCAGAAACCCAGAUUACAAGCUCCGUCGAAGGCUUUUCUGGACACUGGUUGCUCGCGACGCGCUUCUAUCAGCCUCUCAAGGCCGACCUCGCUCCAUCAACCUCAACGAUUGUACCGUACGAUGGCCCACGCUCCAUGAUUUCUCCGAAGACAACAAGCACGCUCGGCUCUUCCUAAGCUAUGUCGACAUAUGCUGUAUUCUGGGCCGUUUAGGACAGGCGGCCCUACCUGGAGGGCACAUUGGGUCGCUCUGCGUCGGCGUCGGCCGAGACCUGUAUAGAUGGAGGAGCCAGCUGCCGUUGGAUCUCCAGCUAGACGGUGCCAGCGACUUUGAUUUCGAGACCCGGCAGUUGCACAUACCUUAUUUCACAGCCAUCUCCAUACUGUAUGGUCCAGGUCCGGCGGUGCAAAACUGCUCGGUCGCCGCCAUCCUGGCCUCGUCGUGCGUGUCGCGCAUCUUUGAGGACUUCCUAGCCCGCGACCUGCUCCGGUACCUCAGUCCCAUCCACAUCUUCUACCUCUUCACGGCAGGCCUGCCGCAGAUAUCAGGUCACAAGAUCCCGGUUCUGAGAGAAGCGUCCAAGAGGGAAUUUAAGAUGAUCCGGUACUCCCUGUUAGAGAUGAGCAAGACCUGGCACUCGGCUCAUCGUCACCUAGGAUCGCUCAAUAAGCUGUUGUCGGCGAUGAACCGCAGCAGUGCUACGGGGUCGUUCGCGUCCAAGCGAAACAUGGCCCUGCUCGGGCAGAACCACAGGGACUCCAGUCUCACUGACCAGCUGUCGCUCUUUGAACGGCUAGGUGUGGAUUUGUGCCCAAAGUGCGACCUUGUCGUCGGGCUGACGUCCCCGAGCUUCGUUCUUUCGGCACAAAAGACCGUCAAGAGCGUAGACCGCGAUUCCCUGCCUCACAGAACCGGCACGGCUGUUGCUCCUGCGGUUUCUUCCUCUUCUUCAUCAUCGAAUGUGGGCAAUGCCGCUGAUGUCGCCGAUGCUGAUAGUAUCGCAUCGACGGAGAGAGGAAUCGAUCGGACCGACCAGGGAUGUGAGAUAACGUAUUACCCAGGCGACACCUUCCAACUGUCACCUUCGACCGUACCCAUGUGGGGAGAGUGUGAUGAAAUACGUGCCAUCGAUAUGGACGGAGAGAGGCACGGAAGCGGUCAAGAGCCCGACUCGAAUGGCAUCGACCACUCCGCGUUGAAGAUGCUUCCACCACCCACGACUGCCUCUGCUGUCCCUGAAGCGGCGAGCAGUUACGACCUCGACUCUCCAGAGCACAGAAAACCUCUCUCGAAACAACGUGAGAGUCACUUCUCAUCUGACCACCUAGGGCCGUAUCAGUCGACAUAUUUACACUCGAACAACGACCUGGACGAGGACGCUCUGACAGACAAGGAGGCGCAGAGGAGGUUAAAUAGUACCGUGGAGGUCACGGCUCGAAGUCACAGGUCGUAUGUUCGCACAAGUUCAGCUGCGCAAGUGGACAUUAUUCACGAGCCCCAUGGCGGAGUUCCGUCGUCCGCAACAAGCCACCGUCACAGUCAUAGUCACAAGGGCUCAGCUACUCCAGGGAUUCCCAGAAGUCAUGCCGAGAUUCGCCGUGCGCAACUCCAGCACCAGAACCAGCACCAUCGACAGCACGGCCACAGCCACUUACAGGACCACGAGCACGAGCACCAUAGCGACUUCUCGAGCUCAACCAUAGAGAACCACAGCGGAGGCGGGAGCGGUUACGCAAGAAUCCCCCUUGCGGCGACACCGACAGAGGAUCCUCUCGAGCGCAACUCCGUGUAUCAUUCCGCCAACGGCAGCAAUGGCGGAGGUUUUUUCGGGAUAGAGAUGGGAGUUAACGACGGGUUCGGUGGCGACGAGAUGGCCCUCGAUGCCAUCCUCCUCGAGUCGGACCGCAGCUGGGUCAUGCAGGAUUGGGACAGUGGGUAUUUCUAG